AUGGGUAGCAGCCUGGCGGGGCCGGGCAUUGCGCUCCUCUUAGCGGUGCUGCUCGUUCCAGGGCGGCGGUCCGGGUCGGAGGCGGCGGGGGGUUGUUCUGGUUGUGGAAAAUGUGACUGCAAUGGAGUAAAGGGGCAAAAAGGUGAAAGAGGUUUGCCAGGUUUACAAGGCUUAGUUGGAUUUCCUGGAGUACAAGGACCAGAAGGGCCUCCAGGAGCCUCCGGAACAAAGGGUGAUACUGGAGAACCAGGACUACCAGGAACAAAAGGAACGAGAGGGCCUCCUGGUUCAGCAGGCUAUCCUGGGAAUCCUGGCCUUCCGGGCAUCCCUGGAGGUGAUGGCCCGGCUGGUCCUCCUGGGAUCCCAGGAUGCAAUGGAACAAAGGGAGAAAGAGGUUCUCAUGGCCCACCUGGUUUACCUGGCUUACCUGGCAAUCUCGGACUUCCAGGAGUUCCAGGAAUAAAGGGAGACCCAGGAGAAAUUAUUUCAAUCCUGCCAGGUGGUUUUCAAAAGGGUGAGAAAGGAUUGCCUGGACAUACUGGACAACCAGGAACACCUGGACUUCCAGGUAAUACUGGUCCUAUUGGACCACCUGGACCUCCUGGAAGACAUGGUAUUCCUGGGCCACCUGGACCUCCAGGUGAGAAGGGUCAUAUGGGCUUGAGUUUCCAAGGUCCACAAGGGGAAAAGGGUGAGCGUGGUGUCAUGGGCCCCCCUGGUCCCCAAGGAACAGAUACCCAGCAUCAAGAGAAAGGGACCAUCGUCAUACAGGGAGACAAAGGUGAUCCUGGUGAAAAAGGUGACGAUUGCAUUCCAGGAAGGCCUGGAAAAGAUGGAGAGGAUGGAGAGAAGGGAGAACGUGGCAAGCUAUUCCAGGACCAGCUGGUUUUCCUGGUGAAAGAGGGAGAAAAGGUGACCAGGGGCCUCCUGGAACAUCUUUGCCUGGGCCAAAAGGAAGAGAUGGAUUUACAGGACCUCGUGGUUCACCUGGGCCUCCAGGCCUCCCUGGUGGAACAGAUGGAAUUGGGUGUGAACGUGGUCUACCUGGUGACCCAGGUCUUCAAGGCACCCCAGGACAGUCAGGCUACACAGGAGAAAGAGGAGAGAAAGGGACCUCCUGGUGUACCUGGUUUGAUAGGAAUCCCAGGACCAAAAGGAGAACCUGGAGAGAUUUUCUAUGACUCCAUUGUAAAAGGUGAAAAAGGAGAACCAGGAUUACCUGGACAUCCAGGUACUCCUGGCAAAGAAGGAAGGCCAGGAAAGGAUGGUGUCCCUGGCAGCCCAGGACCUAAAGGAGCAUCUGGAACCAUUGGAUUAAAAGGAGACCGUGGACUCCCAGGGAUAAGUGGUUUACCAGGGUCUCCUGGAGACAGAGGUUUCCCUGGUCCUCCAGGAGUUGGGAAUCCUGGACCACAGGGUGAUAAAGGAGAUAAGGGAGUUCCUGGAAUCCCUGGGACCUCUGGACUUCCAGGUCCCAAAGGUGAGGCUGGACGUGUUAUUUCUCUCCCUGGUCCCCCUGGAGCGAGAGGUUUUCCUGGACCUGCUGGAAAUCCAGGCUUCCAAGGUGACAAGGGAGACCCAGGGAUCCCAGGAAGACCUGGUCUGCCAGGUGAAAAAGGUCUGGCAGGGCCUCCUGGAAUUGGAUUUCCUGGCCCUUCAGGGCCCCCAGGCUUUCCUGGUCAGCCAGGUCCACAAGGUUCAAGAGGAGAGAAGGGAGAACAUGGUUCCCAAGGCGUGCCAGGUGCAUCUGGCGCCAAAGGACAGAAGGGCGAAGCUGGAUUAGGUCUCCCAGGUCCUAAAGGUUUUCCUGGUCCCCGAGGACGAGAUGGCAUUCCUGGAUCAAAAGGUGACCAGGGAUAUCCUGGUGUGUCAGGGGAGAAAGGAUUUCCUGGCAUACCUGGUCAGCCAGGAUCUCAAGGUGAAUUGGGUCCUCCUGGAUUACCAGGUGUACAGGGUUCCCCUGGUGAACCCCAGAUGGGCUCUCCUGGCCCCCCUGGCCCUUCAGGACAAUCUGGGCCUCCAGGACCAAUAGGACCACCAGGAAUCAAAGGUGAGAGAGGCCACCCGGGUAUCCCUGGGCUAGAUACGCCAGGACCUAAAGGAGACAAAGGGACGCCAGGAACACAAGGUCUGUCAGGUGUGCCAGGGUUGCCAGGCUUACCUGGCUUACAGGGGCAACAAGGACAUCCAGGUGUUCCAGGAGUGAAAGGAGAAAUGGGAAUUAUGGGUACCCCUGGAAUUCAAGGUCUACCUGGUCCUAUAGGAACUCCUGGAACUCCAGGUGAAAAAGGUAGCCUAGGUUUUCCUGGAGUGGCAGGACCAAGAGGUGAUCCAGGUUUAAAAGGUGAAAAAGGCGAAGUUGGACUCCCAGGGGAGCCAGGAAAAAUGGAAAAGGUUGACAUGGAAAACAUGAAAGGCCAAAAAGGAGAACAAGGAGAUAAAGGAACAAAAGGGUUAAUAGGAGAAAAAGGAACUCCAGGAAUCUCUGGCAGGCCAGGAAUGCCAGGAAAGGAUGGGGAUCCUGGUUUACCAGGCCAAGCAGGACCAAAAGGAGAUUCGGGCAGUCCAGGAUUCCAGGGUGAAGCAGGAUUUCCUGGAGAAAAAGGAUCAAUGGGUGAAAUGGGUUUACCAGGGCUACCUGGAGAAAAAGGGUUUCAAGGCCUUCCAGGUGAGGCGGGUCAGUCAGGAUUUCCUGGAGUUAAAGGUGAAAAAGGACGUAAAGGAGACUCUGGACUUCCUGGAAUUGGCUUCCCUGGAGCUCCUGGUGAGAAGGGUGAACAAGGAUGGCCGGGCAAUUCAGGCUUACCUGGAGACAAAGGUGAAAAGGGUAUUCCAGGUAUUUCAGGCAUCCCUGGAUCCCCAGGCAUCAAAGGGCAGUCUGGCCUUCCAGGUUCUCCAGGUGUUCCAGGACUGGCAGGUGAAAAGGGACAGAAAGGAACCCCAGGCUUUAGUGGUGUUCCAGGCUUAAAAGGACAACCAGGUGACCCUGGAGUACAGGGCCCACAUGGAACUGCUGGAGAAAAAGGUGAGCCUGGUUUUGAUGGAAUCCCAGGCACUCCUGGUUCAAAAGGUGAUUCAGGUCUUCCAGGUAGAGGAUUUCCUGGAAUUCCAGGUGGAAAAGGAGAAAGAGGUCCUAAAGGAGAUGUGGGCUCUCCAGGGAGUCCUGGGAGUUCAGGAGUUCCUGGCACAAAGGGAGACAUUGGAUUUGUUGGCCCACAAGGUCCCCCAGGCCAACCAGGCAUUCCUGGGUUGCCAGGGAAUAUUGGAGAGGGCCCCAAGGGUGACCGGGGGCCCCAAGGGCAACCAGGGCUUCAAGGACUUCCUGGGCCUCAAGGAUUUCCAGGAGUUUCAGGAUUACCAGGAGAAAAAGGAGAAAAGGGAAGUCAAGGUUGGCCAGGGCAAUCUGGGCAACCUGGACCCAAAGGUGACCUGGGAGUUCAAGGAAUCCCUGGCAGUCCUGGUUUCCCUGGAACUACUGGUCAAAAAGGUGACAUGGGACCUCCUGGAAUUCCGGGUCCCCAAGGUCUAAAAGGUUCUUCUGGUUUUUUGGGAUCCAAGGGAGUACAAGGUGACCAAGGGUUUCCUGGAAAUAAAGGUCUGCCAGGCCCACCAGGUCCUCCAGGCCCUUUUCAACUUCUGAAAGGUGAACCAGGCCUACCUGGCACUCCAGGCCCUGCUGGCCCCAAAGGAAUUCCUGGUUUUCCAGGACCAAAAGGACAACAAGGUGUCACAGGACCAUCGGGUUUGACUGGCCCCCCAGGAAUACAGGGAAUUGACGGCACACCUGGUCAGAAAGGAGAUAAGGGCCCUGUGGGUCCUACAGGUCCGAGAGGCUUUCCUGGUCCCCCUGGUCCUGAAGGCAUGCCAGGGGUGAUGGGUCCACCGGGCAGACCCUCUAUGGCUCACGGUUUCCUCGUGACCAGGCACAGCCAAACCACAGAGGACCCCUCCUGUCCAUUUGGGACAAGGGUCAUGUUCUAUGGAUAUUCUUUGCUUUAUGUACAAGGCAAUCAACGGGCCCAUGGUCAGGACUUAGGCUCUGCUGGAAGCUGUCUACGUAAAUUCAGCACAAUGCCUUUCCUAUUCUGCAACAUUAACAAUGUCUGCAAUUUUGCUUCAAGAAACGAUUAUUCUUAUUGGUUGUCAACUCCUGAGCCCAUGCCAAUGAGCAUGGCUCCUCUAACAGGAGACAGCAUCAGGCCUUUCAUCAGCAGGUGUGCUGUGUGUGAGGCUCCUUCUAUGGUGAUAGCAGUCCACAGCCAAACAGUUCAAAUCCCACCAUGUCCAGAAGGCUGGAACUCUCUGUGGAUCGGCUACUCCUUUGUGAUGCACACCAGUGCAGGGGCAGAAGGCUCCGGCCAAGCACUGGCCUCCCCGGGCUCCUGCCUUGAAGAGUUCCGCAGUGCACCCUUUGUUGAAUGCCAUGGAAAGGGCACCUGCAAUUAUUACGCCAAUGCCUACAGCUUCUGGCUUGCCACAAUUGAGAGGAAUGAAAUGUUCAAGAAACCUACAUCUUCCACACUGAAGGCUGGAGAACUGCACUCAAAUAUUAGCCGCUGCCAAGUUUGUAUGAAAAGAACAUAAUGACUACCCUAUUGUACCUAAUUUCACAGUAUGGUGCUAUUUUGUUAACAGCAAUGAAGCUUAGGCGUAUAUUCCUAUGUACCUCAUUGUUACCAGGUAUAAAGCCAUUAAGUGCCCUACAGGAAACUGCCUGACUGAAUUCUCUGUUUUUUUGGCUUUUAUUUGCUGAAGAUACAGUGGAGACAAUGCUUCAAAUGGCACUCUUGAAGAAACCUGAUUUUUGUAUGUCAGUGUGAUGCACUGAAACCUGGCUCUAAAUUCACAAGUGGGAGGAAGGAUCCAGUUCUGGGAGUUCCACAACUCCACAAUUCCCUUUUUUCCAUAUGUAUGCUUUAUAUAUAUAUGGGGUUCUAUCAUAGUUAGGAUAACUGUUAGACAAAUUACCCCACAGACCCAGGAUUUCUGGACCCAAAAUAUUGUUGAAGAGCAAUAUGGCACAGCAACAUGCCAAUUUCCUCUUGCAUUGCAUUCAAAGGACUGGAUCAAAGAAAGCAGAGUUCUGGCUGAGGGAUGGAAGGUUUCUGCUCUGUGGUACUACAUGGCUCUUUCUAGUCUGCCUUCUUAGGGAAGUCAUAGGGAUGGACCAGUAUGUGCGCAAACCCACUGGUGUUGAAUAUUUAUAUAUUAGCCAUUCUGCAAAUGAAGCAUUGAACGAUCUUUAAUUAUAAUGUAUUUUUUCUCAAUAUCCACUCUCAGAGGAGCUAUGAGAAAUUAUUAAUUCUCCUAGAUAGUGAUCAAAUUGGCUAGGAAAAAAACCCUAAUCCACCACCAAGUGAUUACUACAGUAAUGUUCAGGCCUUCAGCAGCUUCUUUAUGGAUUUAAUAUUUUCAGAGUUUUAAAGCACUAAUACACUGAAUUACUUGAUUUUAAUAUAUAUGACUUGGUGAAUCUUUUAGUUAAUAAACUCACAUGCUUAUAUUGGGUUUCUAUAAAAAAUAUGUUGAUAAUUAAAAAAAAAUCAUACAUAAAACAGGUUGUAUAAAAAUUAUAUUAAAAUACUUUUAAAUAUUGGCCCUCUUGCUAAAUCUUACACAAUGGACCUUUAAAAAUUAGACAUCUGUAAUAAAAUAAUUUGUAUAAAAUGUUUUCAGAAAUAGUUUGUUGAUUUUUGAGAAGCUGGUUAUGUGGAUUGAUUGUUACUUUGAUUCCAAAUGAGCAGCCACUAUCUUAGAAUUGAUAUUUGCAAUUGUUCCUGUUCUUAUCCUAAACAUUAUUCAUGUGGAUAAAGUGUAACAUAUCCUUUUAAACUAUUCAGAAUUGCAGAGUAGAAAUAUAGCAAAUAUUAUCUUGCAAGCAUUUGAAUGGAAAUGCAUAUGACUAAUAAGCCAGAGCACUAAUGUUUAAAAGUAUAUAUACAUAACUAUACGGUACAUGCAUAGAAUAUCAGCAUUGAUGAUACUUUCUCUGAUACAACUGGAGUAAGGAAUUAUGCCUGUUGUUGUUGUUGUCAGCUAUUCAAUUGUGUCCGUCCAACCCUUGGUCACUCUGUGGAUCAACACUCUCCCUGACACUCUAUCUCGCAUUGCCUCCUUCAGAUAUGCCAUGAUCGUUCACCAUGGACUUGUAGUGUCCAAUCAGUGAGAAGUAGGGCAAUCCCUUCUCCUUUAUCUGCUGAUCUUAUUAUGUCUAACAGGUUAGGUAUCUUUAAAGCCUUGGGCUGAGAUAAAAUUUAUGCUGAUCACUGUGAACCAAGAUCACAGUGGAUGAGGAUGCUCUAACAGUAUGCGUGAAAAUGAAACGUCAUUCAGGAUGAAGCUUUGAAAUUGAUUUGAUAGGAAAUCUAAGCAGCUCAAAGAAGAAUUAAAGACUGAAUUGCACAAGUCAACAAACACUAUCCAAUAGGACUUGGUAGGUAUGCUUGAAGAAAUUAAUAAAUAAAUAAAAGAAUUGUCUUUUUAAAUUUAGGUUGACCAGACUAGUGGUACUUAAUGACAGUCUAUCAGAUUUAAAGUUUCAGAUAAAUAUGGACAGUAUAGUGCUUUUACUCCUAGGUUCAAUCAGAUAUUAAGAACCAAGGAAUAUAAUAGUUACAUUUGUAAAUGCUUGGAUAAGAGGAAGAAUUCUGCAGAAACAUUUUUGCACUGGAAGGAUAAAUUAAAGUGUAAUUUUUUCAAGAUAAUUAAUUCAGUCAUACUUACAAAGAAAAAAGCAAAGAGUAUAUAAUUUAUAUUGUACAUUCAGAUAUAAUUUUUAGAAAGUAGCCUUUAUGAAUGGAAAAAUAGAAAAACAAGCGUAUAUAAACCGAAUCUAAAAUUAUAUACACACACAUAUAAGGUAUAAGAUACAUCUAAUAAAGCUAAAUAAAGCUCUUGUGGGUCUUUUUCAAGCCAAGUGGAAUUUAGUCAAAUUGGUUAUUGAAAAGGUAAUCCUAUCACUUCAGUCAAUUAGUUGCAGUGGUUUCAAUCAUGCUUCUAUUAUCAUUUGAGUUGGACAAUUUGGUGGAAAAUGUUUAGAGUGAAACAAGUGCAUGGAACUCUUACAGAUGAAAGGAAUAUGCUCUUAAAAUGUCUUUGCCAUCAAUUCCAGCCACUAUUCCAACAAUGCUGACAUCAUCGCAUGCUACA